CUUAACGCUGUUUCAGCCUCAAAUAAAAAACAAAUAAAAAAUUUCACAAAAAAUUAGAGGAAAAUAGUUGUGGCUGAGAUUGAUUCUCCCUUUCUUCUUCUUCCAGUCUUCCUCCUUCUUCUUCAUCUUCUUCUUCACUAAUCUUCUUCUUAUCCAGCUCUGCUAAAAGUUUAAAAUAUAGUUUUUUUUUAGUUUCUUCGGAUUUGAUUGUUUAUCUUGUGAGAUGAUCUAGUUUCUAUUUCGGAUUAGGUUCCUCAAUGAUGGCUACUCUCAACGGUAUUGGAUGCGGUGGAAACGUUUGGUUUCUCUAGAAUCUUUUUAAGUGCUCUUUUCCAACUAGAAAUCACAACGGCUUUGCAAUUUGGGAACUUUGGUGUUUGGAGGGAUCAGAGAUGGCUUCUUUGUUGUGUUAGAGAGGAUUUGAAGCAGCGGACAGCUGCAAAGAUCCGGUUAUGGAUACUAAUACAUCUGGAGAUGAAUUAUUAACUAAGGCAAGAAAGCCAUAUACUAUAACAAAGCAGCGAGAAAGAUGGACAGAGGAUGAACAUGAUAAGUUUUUAGAAGCCUUGAGGCUUUAUGGAAGAGCUUGGCAACGUAUACAAGAACAUAUUGGGACAAAGACUGCUGUUCAGAUUAGAAGUCAUGCUCAAAAGUUCUUCACAAAGCUGGAGAAAGAGGCUGAAGCUAAAGGCAUUCCUGCUCUUGACAUAGAAAUUCCACCUCCUCGUCCUAAAAGAAAACCCAAUACUCCUUAUCCUCGGAAACCUGGCAACAGUGGUCCAUCAUCAAAACUUGUAUCCUCAGCCUCUUCUUCACAAUGUAACCAGACCUUCUUGGAUUUGGAAAAAGUGCCGGCUACUCAGGAAACAUCAACUGGGAAAGAAAACCAAGAUGAUAACUGCUCAGGCGUUUCUACUGUGAACAAGUAUCCCUUACCAAAGAAAGCAACUCAAAAAUCUGAACCGUCUCUAAGAAAGGAAAGUGCGGAUAAUGACACAAGUAAGGCGUCAAAUGUGGACAACAUGGUUCAAGAUGUUCCCGAGAAGAACAAAGACAGAGAUGGUGACGGUGUGCCCAGCAGCGCAAGGAACUACCCUUUGCAUUUUCAUCCCCCAGGUAUGGUAUCUCAAGACUUGAUGUUUUGUCCUAUGGGAGAUCGUGUUCACGGGCACUCUAGCUCGCACGUGAAUUUUCCAGCUACAACAACAUCAUCUGCUACUACUACUACAACAACUGCUCAACAGGCGUUUCCAGCAUUCCCUUCCCAAGAUGAUUACCGUUUCUCUUCUACUUUCCCCAAUCUCAUUAUGUCAAGUCUCCUACAGAAUCCUGCAGCUCAUGCUGCAGCCACAUUCGCUGCUUCUCUUUGGCCCUAUUCUAACGUCGGGAAAUCAGGAGAUUCAUCAACGCAAAUGAGUGCUUCUUCUCCACCAAGUAUAGCUGCCAUUGCUGCGGCUACAGUAGCUGCUGCAACUGCUUGGUGGGCUUCUCAUGGACUUCUUCCUGUAUGUGCUCCUCCUGCUCCCGUCACAUGCCUUCCAUUACCACCAACCUUUGCUGUUCCAACUCCAGCGACUGAUACCGUUGAGAAACAAAACACAGCUCUGCAAGAUCAAAAGUUGGCUUCAAAAUCUCCAGCUUCAUCAUCAUCCGACGAUUCAGAAGAGACUGGAGUAACCAAGCUAAACGCUAACUCAAAAAAAAAUGGUGACAAGGAAGAGGAAAUUUUUGUUGUUGAUCCAAACGCUUCCCCGAAGAAAAAGCUAGUGGACCGCUCAUCGUGUGGGUCAAACACACCUUCAGGAAGUGACGCGGAAACAGACGCAUUAGAUAAAAUGGAAAAAGAUAAUGAGGAUGUGAAGGAGGAUGCAGAUGCAAACCAGCCAGUUGUUAAUGAGUUAAGCAACCGCAGGAGUAAAAUCAGAGACAACACCAACACCAACAACCAAACUACUGAUUCAUGGAAGGAAGUCUCCCAAGGGGGUCGUAAAGCGUUUCAGGCUCUGUUUGCAAGAGAGAGAUUGCCUCAAAGCUUUUCACCUCCUCAAGUGGCAGAGAACGUGAAUGGGAAACAAAGUGACACGUCAAUGCCAAUGGCUCCUGAUCUCAACAAGAUUCAAGAUUCUUGUGAUGCAGACCAAGAAAGUGUAGUAAUGAUCGGUGGCAAUAGCCUUAGAACGAGACAGUCAGGGUUUAAGCCAUACAAGAGAUGUUCAAUGGAGGCGAAAGAGAGCCAAGCUGGGAACACAGACAAUCAAAGCGAUGAAAAAGUCUGCAAGAGGCUUCGAUUGGAAGGAGAAGCUUCAACAUAACAACAGACUUUGAGGUAAAAAUAAAAAUCUUUUGUUUUUUGCCCAAUAUCUUUAAAUCAAAGUGUUGUUAGUAAUGAAAGAAACUUAUUUUUUUUUAUUUUCUAAAUCCAUCUGAACGGUUCUUUGUUCAUGUCAGUUCAUGUACCAAACUACUCCAUCAACAUGUCUUGUCCCUUGUCUGUGUUUGUGUCUGCUGCUGUUACUGUUAAUUAACCACUAAGCAAUGGAACUAUGUCUUUUACUCUUUUGCUGUUUUUCUUUUGAAUUCUGGAUAUUUUAUGAGAUCAUAAAUAGUUUUAGAAUGAUAAAAGAUGAAUUGUACAAAGUUUUCA